AUUUUGUUUGUUGGACUCACGCGGACAUGCACCUGUUUCGACGGGAUGAGGUCAUUUCGUGAUUUCUGUUCCACCCUUAUUUCUGCCUGGUAAGAAUUGUGUUGCAAUACCCAGACACUUGUGCAACUAUCUGCAUAUUACAUCAGUGCGUUCGUUCUCUCCUAUAGUUGGAGGCUCUUGCGCGACCGUCUCGCCUCUCGACCCGAAACAAAGACGCCGCGCCGAGCUGCGUCAUUUGGGUUUACUGGACUGACUUGCUAUACAGACGGGUGUCAAGUCAAUCAACCCAGACACCACAUUUCCGGACGAGUGGCCACACCACCGCACCGCUGGCCCGCGUCGAGCCGCACAAACUCAGCUACAAAUUACAACAGCGAUAUAAUACAACAGCCAUAGCUUUAGCGAUGACGAUGGCAACGGGGCCACCCAAACCCUUGGCGCGCUGUGGCGUGGCCACACGCUCGCUGCUGCCUCAGCGGCUGGCCUGCCACUCGCUGGCCAGUCGGCAUCGAGCCGGCCCAGGCCGCCCCCUCCUCACCCCCACCCUCCGCGGAACCCCGGGCUACAGCCCCGUCGCCACCGGCGCAGCUGCAGCCAUCUCCAUUCCGCUACAACCGGGCGGCGACGGCGCCAGCCACAACGGCGCAGCCAAGCCGGCGCCGGCGGCGCACGCCAACGGCAACGGCAGUAGCAGCAAAGGCAGUAGCAGUGGCCACGGCAGUAGCGUGUACAACACAGUGGCGGCGGCUGUAGCAGCGCAGUUCCCGGCCGUGCCGCCGCUGCCGGCGCCGCCGUCAACCGCCAACCUCUCUGACGUUGUGCCGUACCUGCUCAAGCUGGCGCUGCAGGAGCGCUACCUGGUGUGGCGGCUGGCGGCUGCCCUGGGCUGCAUGUGUGUGGCCAAACUGGCGGGUAUCUCACUGCCUCUGGCCUUCAAGGGAGCCGUGGACGCAAUGGCGUCCACGGGUUUCUCCCAGGCCGCCCUCAGCGCCGCCCUCACCGCCGCCCUGACCUACGGCGUGCUGGACUGCGUGCGGGUGCUGGCCAAGGAGAGCCAGUCUCCCUUCUUCGCGCCUGUGAGCCAGGCCGUGACUCGGCGCAUGGCCUAUCACACCUUUGCGCACGUGCUGGCCCUGGACACACGCUUCCACCUGGACAGGCGCACAGGCCGCGUCAGCCGCAUCCUGGAGCGAGGCACGCGCUCCAUCGCUGUGCUGUACCGCGCCAUGGUGUUCACCUUCCUGCCCACUGGGCUGGAGCUGACGGCGGUGGCGGUGCUGCUGGCCGGCAGGUUCGGGCCGGCGCUGGCGGGCAUCCUGGGCCUCACCUUUGCCGCCUACGUGACUUGGACAGUGAUGAUGACACAGGCCGCCACGGACGUGCGCAAGGAGGUGAACGCUCUGGACAACGCCACCAGCAGCAAGGCGGUGGACGCGCUGCUCAAUGUGGAGACCGUGACGUUGUUCAACAACCAGAACCUGGAGGUGGGUCUGUACGACCGCCACCUGCGUGACUUCCAGUCCGCCUCCUACCGCACCGAGCUGCUCAGCUCCUCGCUCAACGCGGGACAGGGCCUGAUCCUGGCUGUGGGUAUGGCCGCCAUCUUGGCCGCCAUCAUCUCCAGCCCCGGCGGCGCCACCGGCGGCGACCUGGUGAUGGCCUCGGGCCUCAUCAUGCAGCUGUGGGCGCCGCUGCAGUUCCUGGGCUGGUUCUACAGGGAGCUGCGUGCGGCGCUGGUGGACAUGGAGGAGUUCUUCCAGAUCCUGCGCACCCGCUCCAACAUCACGGACGGCACACAGCCCCUGCCGCCCACGCCCCUGCCCCUGGUGCGGCAGCAGCAGCAGCAGCAGCAGCCCGCGGCGGUGGCGCCAGCCUCCUCCUCUGGGUCGGCCUCAGCGGCGACGCCUGCAUCACACGCCGUUGUUUCGACAUCAGCGGCGUCAGCGGCGGCGGCGGCGGCUGCGGCGGCGUCCGCGUCAGGUCUGCAGGACACACACAGUCCCAGCACCAGUAGCACCAGCACCAGCACCAGCAACAGCCGCUCGGGCGGGGGUCUGUCUGUGGAGCUGGUGGACGUGUCGUUUGGCUACACAGCGGAGCGGCAGAUCCUGAAGGGCGUGUCGCUGCGGGUAGCGCCCGGCGAGUCGGUGGCGGUGGUGGGCAGCAGCGGAAGCGGCAAGUCAACCAUCCUAAAGCUCGUGACACGCCUGUACGACGUGUGGGGAACCCCCGGCAGCCCCGACGUCCCCCCCGCGGCUGUAGCAGCGAGCAGCAGCAACAGCAGCAGUGGCAAUGCCGCGAGGGCGGCGUCUGGGGCGGAGGCGUCAACCAGUGGUGGCAGUAGUAGCAGUAGCAGCAGUAGCAGCAGCAGCGGCGGAAGCGGCAGUAGCAGUAGCAGCAGCAGCGGCGUGUACAUUAACGGUGUGGAUGUGCGGCAACUGCGACUCGCCGACGUCCGGUCCGCCAUUGCGGUGGUGCCACAGGACACGGCCCUCAACUACGAGUCCAUCCUGGAGAACAUCCGCUACGGCCGCCCGGACGCCACGGACGCGGAGGUGGUGGCGGCGGCGGUGGCGGCGCGGCUGCACGACACCGUGUCCAGCCUGCCAGAGGGAUACAACACAGUGGUGGGCGAGCGCGGCCUCAAGCUCAGCGGCGGUGAGAAGCAGCGAGUCGCCAUCGCGCGCGCCUUCCUGAGGUCGCCGCGACUGCUCAUCUGCGACGAGGCCACCAGCGCCCUGGACAGCGCCACAGAGGCGGCCAUAAUGGAGAGCCUCAAGGAGCUGGCCACGGGCCGCUCCGCGCUGUUUGUGGCGCACCGGCUGAGCACCGUGCGCGGCUGCGACCGCAUCGUGGUGCUGCGCGGCGGGCGGGUGCUGGAGGAGGGCAGCCACGACCAGCUCAUGGAGAGGGGGGGCGAGUACGCGGCCAUGUGGAACCUGCAAGCCAACCAGCAGAAGGAGGAGGAGGAGGAGGCAGAGGGCGGCCAGGGCGACGGAGGACACGCGGGCGGGCGCGGAGGCGGGGGCGGCGACGGUGGGCACAAACAGGGUGACGGAGGAGUGACGGACACGGAUGAGGAGAUUCACCUGGCGCUGGCGCAGGAGGCAGCAGCAGCAAACGGCAGUAGCAAGCACGCAGUGGCGGUGGCGGCGGGUGGCAAGGGCGGCGUGGCGGGGUUGAGUCUGGACAGCAUGGAUGAGCUGGCGACCUACAGCCGGAGGGCGGCGGCGGCGGUGGUGGCGGCGGCGGCGGCGUCUGCGACGGCGGCGGCGGCGGCCGUGGGUGGCGGCGGAGUGAAUGCGGCGUAAAGGGGGCGCAAAGCGCCGAGACGGCACGGGGCGGCAGAGUCUGAGGCGUGCCAUGGCUAUUGGCGUUCUGCGUCGCGCGCGGCAGUGGCGUUUCGGCGUUGCGUUUGUUGGUGUUGGGCAUGAAUGCUAGUGAUGAUCAGGCUUUUGAGUGAUUCAUGAUGCUCGUGAUGCCGGUUCUUCAGGCAAGGCUGCCCAUGGCCAGCGGGAUGCCUUAUUUUGAGAUCGCUCCUGUUGUUGGUUGCUCCGCGCAUGGAGCGCGCGCUUGUUUGUGUGAUGCGUUGGUCGCUGCGGGUUAGUCGAGUAAAAAUGUAGGCACAAAAGGACUGCAGAGUCAGAAUAUGUGGCGCCUCUGCUACCUCUGUGCCUUUGUGAUUCCGGUCGAUGGCAUACACCGCGGCUGCCUUGACAGAACGGCUUUCAUGUUGAGUAACGUCUUGCUUGCCGUACGCAUCUAAGGGCUCGUGUGUCACAUUCGUUUUCGCGGUUGCCGGGCGCGCUUGUGGUAACGCACUCAGUUGCGUGUCUCACGUGUUGUGGCCCCGGGUUGUGAUCCACACGACGUGCGACACAGCAAGCAGCAAGGGAGGAAAGGGUGUGUGUGUUGAGAGGGCGGGUCUGCACUCUGCAGGGCCCUCCCACUCCACAUGCCUGCCUGGCUGCGGUACGGUACGGUGACGUGCGGCGGGUAUCGCGUAUACUGCUGCUGCUGCUGUAGUGCCGCUUCACGAGCGUACGGUAUGCACAGGGAUGACGAGUGAGUGUGCGGGGUGCUUCGGGUGUGCCAAGCGUUUGAUUACAAGCUUCAUCCGUUCUUUGGGGUAUUUGUUGGGAGGAAGUACGCCCAUGCUCGAUUGUCGCACUGCCGCCUGACAAAUUGAGUACUGGCAGGUAGAUCAGACGGGUGGAGCGGCGGGGGGGGGGUGACGCAAAGCCAUGACGGGGACUACGGUGCUUCGAUUCUGCUGUGUGUGUGUGUGUGUGUGUGUGUGUGUGUGUGUGUGUGUGUGUGUGUGUAUUCAGGAGCUCAGGGUCUGCACAUGUGUGAUGUGUAAAUGCAGAGGCAGAACUACUGGCCGGGCCGGAUCUGCAUACCUGACUGUAAAGGCCAGCAACU